AAUUCAAACAGUUCCCCAGCAACAAACAUGCAGUUGCUUGAGAAAGCUGUGGAUCUUCGCGACUCACAAAUCCUUAACAUACAAUCCUAUGAAAAGAUGAUCUGGCAACGCCGUUUCAUGGCCGUAGCUACGGUUAUCGCUUGGAUUGCUGUUAUUGUCCUAAUAGCCGCAUUGGCAACACCAAAUUGGGCUGUUUUGGACUUCAUGAACACGGAAUAUCAGCAAGUUCAUGUUCAACUCGGUGUGUGGGGUGAAUGGCGAACAGUAUCAAACAUUACCCAUAAAACUGUGGAAUGGAUUCCUCACUUUCCCACACCACCGGAAAAUGUUGUCCGACUAGCAGACGCGGACCUCAAGCAUUUCUACCGUGCCCAGGCAGCUAUCGGUGUGAUCGCACUUUUUAUACUUCUCUCAACAAAUACUCUUGCUCUGUAUACUUUUUAUCAUCAUCGCUACAUCUACAAACGUCUUGUGGCAUGCUUGUUCAUAGUUGUGGGUGAGUAUUUUGCUCUGAAGAUUUCUUAUCAGUUUCAAAAUGUCAAUAAGAAAGAAAGUAACAGGUUCUAUAAAAGAGUAAAUCCAUUAUGUAAACGAGGCAAAGCAACUGUCUUGGCAGUACCUACGGCUUGCAGUAAUGCUGUUCAGCUUUGCUGCAGUUUGUGCUGA